AUGUCUGCACCCAAAAUCUCGUCCAAGACCUCGUCCAAGACCUCGUCCAAGACGUCUUCCAAAUCCAAAUCUUCCAAGAGUGAUUCCUCCAAGGUGCACAAGCUUGCCCUAAAGGGUUCUUCCAAAGUCGUCAACGAAUUCUUCGAGUAUUCCGUCAAUACCAUACUCUUUCAAAGAGGUGUUUACCCUGCUGAGGACUUCACCGCAGUAAAGAAGUAUGGCUUGACUAUGAUGGUGACUGCCGAUGACCAAGUCAAGGCGUAUAUCAAGAAGAUCAUGGGUCAGUUGAAGGAGUGGAUGUAUGGGGGCAAGAUCUCCAAGCUUGUCGUUGUCAUUACGAGCAAGGAGACUGGCGAGCAUGUCGAGCGCUGGCAGUUCGACGUUCAAAUUUACGGGAAGAACACAAAGGCAAAACCUUCCAAACAAACGGCGGAUCAAGAGAAUUCUGUCCCAGACGCUGGCGAAGCAUCAGAAGAGAAGACCGAAGCCGAGAUCCAGGCCGAGAUCCAGUCUGUAUUUCGGCAGAUCACAGCAUCAGUGACCUUCCUGCCCAUGCUCGACGGAAACUGUACCUUUAACGUUCUAGUUUAUGCUGAUGCUGACUCCGAGGUGCCCCUCGAAUGGGGUGACAGCGACGCCAAAGAAAUCAAAAACGGGGAGAAGGUGCAGCUGCGAAGCUUCAGCACUAGUAACCAUCGUGUAGAUACUCUGGUGAGCUACAGGCUUGCCGACUAA